AUGCAGGUGACCGUAGAGCGCAUUGAGCCAAGCGGCGGGUCUAGACCGAAGUACCAGCAUGGCUUUCACUGUGAGAAAAUGUAUCACUGUGGCUUCGAAAAGCCCCCGCUAGACUCGGAGCGAACACUUCAGUGGAAGAGGACAAGAAGAGCUCAGGACAAUAUGAGUCCGGUUCGAGAGAGUGAUGACAUGAAGAAAAAGCUGCUCAACGAACCUAGCAAAAGCAUUAAUGCAGUACCUGCCCCCUUCUCCAGAAGUGUCAACAGGGUCUCAAGCUGUGGCCUCAGCAUCUCGUCAUGUGGUCAGUCAUCUGCCGGUGGCACUACCCCCGUGAGUCACCUCCCCUCCCGCUCCGGCAGCCCAGGCACUGGCCCCGGUCUCUCCACAGACCACAGCUCCAUCUGCUCCUGGAGAUAUGAUGAGUUUGAGCGGGCGAAUACUCAGCGUGUGCGUCAGCUCUUUAACUCUGUGGAUGAGCUCCUGUAUGAGAGGAGCGUAAGCAGCCCCUCGGAGUCCCUGCAGGAGGAGUGUGAGGAGUGGAACGGACACACCCCCCAUCUCAGAAUUUUAGGAAACCAGUUGGAGCCUCCCAAACAGGAGGGUGUUCAGUACAUCUGCAGACAUGAGUCCAGUGCCAGAACCUAUUCCUUCUCCACACCCACUUGUCUGGACAAGAGGGAAGACCAUAGCGAGCUGUAUGUAGCAGGCCGCAGUCUGGCCCCGGGCCUUUGGUGUGAGCAGUCUGCCCAAAGCCCCAGCUCUCCUCUCUCUGAGCAUUCACUCUACCUCACUGAGGAAGAGGAGGUGUAUGAAGCAGAGGGCAGCAUAGAGGAGUUUUUAGCUUAUGAUGGAAAAGAAAUGGAGGAUGAGGAGGUGGAUCAGAGGAAGUCUUCAUCCAUGGCCCCCAGGGGUGGAGUCCCACCAGUAUCCCCUCAUGCAUGCAUCCGUGAUGCUGUUGCAGAUGAGCUGUUUGAUGACGUGUGGAGGGAGGUGGUGGGUCUUCUGGAGAAGCUCUUACAUAAGUACUGGGAGAAACAACUCCCCGAUGGAGCAACACAGAGGAGAACAUUAGAGAGCUACAGUCAAGUGCCUUCACCUCAGAUCCCAGUUAAAGGACCUCACCUUCUUUUGUCCAGAGGUUCUAGUAGCAGAACCACAUUCCUGUCAACAUGCAGCAAUAAUGUACAGGACUCAAGUGCCUACAAGAUUAAUUUAAAUGGUGUUAUGACAAUCCAAGCAAAGCCUCUGCAACAGAGACAUCAGGGAUUUAGUGAGAGAGCCCUAUAUGACCCAGAUGAUGCACCAAGCGUCUUGAUGUGUGUGAAAACCCAGGCUCUGAGAGGAUCCUGCGCACUCUUACAGAAACCCACAGCCCAGCGCAGAUUCCCCAGACUCUGUGGCAGGGUUCGGAUGUACCACAGCCUUAUGGGAAAUGGAAGCCAACUCUUACGAGGAACUAGACUAUCCACUGUGAAUGAAAGCCUGCCCUCUCCCCCAGUGAGUGCCGUUCAAAACCACAGGCUUCCUCAGAUACAUUCUGAGUCCCCAGAGCAGGAUUACUAUGCGCCUAUUUCUAGGCUUGUGCAGCUCAGAGGGAGGGUCAUAAGAGGCGGAGCUACCAGUGUCACGCAUGCAGUAAACAAUCUCCCACCAUUGAGAGAGCCCACCCUGAUGCUGGAGUCUCUGUCUCGGCCCAAUACUACUCAUACAUUCAGAUCCGACACCCCGAUGAAAAGGUCAUUCACACCUAUGGAUUUUGCCUGUAACAUGAGGACAAGUCGAGGACUUGUCAAAGGUGAGAGCACACCAAUGGGUGUGACAGGCUUCAGUAUGGGUAUCACCAGCUCUACAGCUAGUGGGUUCUUGGAGUGUGCCACACCUAGCAGGAGGUGUCUGCCCUGUGUUGAUGGGGAAGGAGGGAACAUGCCCCUGCUCGGCUCUAUUGGUGGCCAGAAUCAUCGGAAACAGUUGAGCCGGUUUCCAUUGCAUGUGAGGAAGAAAUUUCAGCCUGUCAUGCCAUAGCAGGGGAGUUAAUUUUGUAAUUAAAUGAAAGAGCUUAACAGGGCAGACAUGAAUGCAACAGGUUGAUGAGCACUGAUAUUCAAUCACUGUCAUAAUAUGACUUUAUUGUAUGUAUUUUGUGUCACCAUAUGUCCAGUUACAAACUGUCACAUGCAGUGCCUUCAGUUUAUGGACUUGAUAGUUUUUCACAGUGACCUGGAGAACAAUCUGGAGCUAACAGGACAAAUGACCUUAUGCAUCCCUGUUGUUUCCUUUUUUACCAUUUUGAAGGAUGAAUGCCAAACAUGUUUUGUUAAUGCAUAUCGAGUUUAAUAUUAAUUUGGUUUUACUGCAGAUGUCUGAGGCCAACAGGUUGAUAAAACAAAAUGCAUAGCCUAAUUAUUUAUUUACAGUGAUGGUUGAUAAUACUGAUUUAACCUACCAAACUUAUUUCAGCAACAUUUUAUUUAGACUUCUCCUCGGUGGAGUCAUUUGCAAUAAAAUUGUUAUAUAAUUUGGCAAAUGUUCAGUAAUAUAUCACAGCAAUCAAAUAUUAUAAUCAAAAUAUAUUAUAGUGUUUCCUGGUCUUAAAAUUAUUUUAUCUAUGCUCACUUUCACAAAAAAAUUGUUAAUAUGUUUGCUCUAGAUUGUAAUUGGAUGAAAGAGAUAACUAGAAUAAAAUCCAGACCAUUCAAGGUGCUUUUCUAUCUUUAACAAUAUACUUGACAGACCUCUUCCAUUGGAGAAAGACAGCUGAAUUUGUGCUAGUAAAUCACAACACACAGUUGUUCA